GCAGGUAGCGGCUCGGCAAAGCCUCCCGCAGCGGCGGCCGCCUCUCGCCGGCCGCUGAGGCGCCGUCGCCCGCCGCCCGCCCCGUCGGGUCCCUCCGCCGCAGAGGGGCUCCGAGCCGCGGAGCCGGCGCGCCAGCCGCCAUGGCCACCCUCCUCCGCAGCAAGCUGUCCAACGUGGCCACCUCGGUGUCCAACAAGUCCCAGGCGAAGAUGAGCGGGAUGUUCGCGCGGAUGGGCUUCCAGGCGGCCACCGACGAGGAGGCGGUGGGGUUCGCCCACUGCGACGACCUGGACAUGGAGCACCGGCAGGGCUUGCAGAUGGACGUCCUCAAGUCCGACGCCAGCGAGGAGGGCGCCGAGCCGCCCCUGGAAGGGGACAUCCACUACCAGCGCGACGGCACCGGCCCGCUGCCGCCGUCCGCCUCCAAGGACGCGGGCGUGUGCGCGGAGCUCGCCGGGCAGGGCAAGCCCAAGAUCACGGCGUGGGAGGCGGGCUGGAAUGUCACCAACGCCAUCCAGGGGAUGUUUGUUCUGGGCCUGCCCUACGCCAUCCUUCAUGGCGGAUACCUAGGACUCUUUUUAAUAAUUUUUGCUGCAGUGGUUUGCUGCUACACUGGGAAAAUCCUUAUUGCCUGUCUUUAUGAAGAGAAUGAGGAUGGGGAGAUAGUCAGGGUGAGAGACUCCUAUGUGGACAUAGCAAACGCUUGCUGCGCGCCCCGCUUCCCCACGCUCGGAGGCAGGAUCGUGAAUGUGGCUCAGAUCAUUGAACUCGUCAUGACCUGCAUUCUCUAUGUGGUGGUCAGUGGGAAUCUGAUGUACAACAGCUUCCCAAACUUGCCUGUCUCCCAGAAGUCAUGGUCCAUCAUUGCCACGGCAGUGCUCCUGCCUUGCGCAUUCUUGAAGAACCUCAAGGCAGUCUCGAAGUUCAGCUUGCUCUGCACGUUAGCCCACUUUGUGAUCAACAUCUUGGUGAUUGCCUACUGCCUCUCCAGGGCACGUGACUGGGCCUGGGACAAAGUCAAGUUUUACAUUGAUGUGAAGAAGUUUCCCAUUUCCAUUGGUAUCAUUGUCUUCAGCUACACCUCCCAGAUCUUUUUGCCUUCCUUGGAGGGGAACAUGCAGAACCCCAAGGAGUUUCAUUGCAUGAUGAACUGGACUCACAUAGCAGCUUGCAUCCUUAAGGGACUCUUCGCCUUGGUCGCCUAUCUGACCUGGGCCGAUGAGACCAAGGAAGUCAUUACAGACAACUUGCCAUCUACCAUUAGGGCAGUAGUCAACAUUUUCUUGGUGGCCAAAGCUUUGCUUUCUUAUCCCUUGCCCUUCUUUGCGGCUGUGGAAGUCUUGGAGAGAUCCCUUUUCCAAGAUGGAAACAGGGCCUUCUUUCCUAACUGCUAUGGGGGUGAUGGCAGGCUCAAAUCCUGGGGACUCACCCUCAGAUGUGCUCUGGUAGUUUUCACCUUGCUGAUGGCUAUCUAUGUCCCUCAUUUUGCCCUCUUGAUGGGUCUUACUGGGAGCCUCACAGGUGCAGGUCUCUGUUUCCUGCUCCCCAGUCUUUUCCACCUCAAACUCUUGUGGCGGAAGCUCUUGUGGCACCAUGUCUUCUUUGAUGUAGCCAUUUUCGUUAUAGGUGGUAUCUGCAGUGUUUCUGGGUUCAUCCAUUCUUUAGAAGGCCUCAUAGAGGCCUUUAGAACCAAUGCUGAAGACUAAGGAGUGGCCAGAGUUGGUUGCAUUAAAAGAGAAUUGCAUUGAACAUCCGCAUAGCCAAAUAAUUCUGCAUCCUUUUAAUGAAAAGUCAUUUUUUUAGUUACGUGCAUCCAACAAAUUCUAUGUCAUAGAAUCUAAAAAUUAAACGAAAUACAAGGAAAUAAAAGUGUUUCCCCUAAAGUCUUUUUAAAUAAGCUAACAUUUAAAUAUAUUUUUUGUUAUUUAGAUUUUUUCAGAGGAAAAUAUCUGAUGCCCCACCCCAUCUCCUCACUAGUUGCCUGAAGCUUGGCUCCCAGCAAAUGGCCUAUUGGGAAACAGUCAGCUUUCAAUGCUCUUUACAGAUAUGCAAUUCAGUGUUUCAGGAGCUGAAACACAGUUGCCAGUCCAACGGAUUUGGGUUACUGUGCUUGCAAUUAGAAGCGAAUUAGUGAGUACUGGUAGCAGGAACCUUGUGAGACAGAUGUAGACGAGACCUAGAUUGUGUGAACAGCCUGACAACUCCAAGCGACAACUGAUGACCAGCGAUGCCAGUUACCUCUAAUGUUUACACUGUAGUUACAUAGCACAUAAGGACUGCUUAAUUCUUCCAUCUCAAUUCAUAUCGAGGAACGGCGCUUCCCAUCGAUUAUAUUUUGCCUCCGAACGAAAUCACAGAAUCUGGAGUCCACUUCUUGGUGAUGAUUGUUUUUUUCAUUUGUUUUAACAAGUGUUACUUCUAAAUCAUGAAAAGAAAAAGCUGUUGGAUUUGACAUUGUUC